CGGUUUCGUUUUCUGCUUAUGAAGGGCCACUCCACUAUCUGACUUGUAUACACGAGCAGUGGUCGUGGAUGAUGCCGAGUGCCAAGAAAGUUCAUCGUCUCCGGCUUUUCUUUACUUCGUCGGCUUCAGAGGAUUUUCAGCCAACUGACAACAUAUUUAUGGCCCUCUAGCUAGUCUAAUCUGGUGGUGCAACACAAGCAAGCGCCAUGGCAGCAGCAGCACCAGCACCAGCUCGUCCUCUCCCGUUCUCCCUCCUCCUCGUCACUGUCCUCACCGCCACCGCCGCCGUCUCAGGCUCAGUCUCACCAGCCACCGCGGCGGCGGCGUUCGUGUUCCCCAAAGAAGCUCUCCCGACCAAGUCCGGGUACCUCCCGAUCCCCUCCUCCGAGAACGCCUCCCUCUACUUCGCCUUCUACGAGGCGACCGCCCCGGUGACCCCGCGGGCGUCCACGCCGCUGCUCGUCUGGCUGGAGGGCGGCCCCGGCACGCCCUCCAUGGCCAUCAACCUCUUCAUGCUCGGCCCCUACACCUUCCCCACCAACGGCUCCGCCGCCGCCGCAGGCCUUUCGCCCAACCCCUUCGCGUGGAACCGCCGCGUCGGGGUCAUCUUCCUCGACAGCCCGCUCGGCACGGGCUACAGCGCGGCGCCGUCGCCGUCGGCGAUCCCCACCACCGAGCCCGUCAUCGCCGAGCACAUCCUCGCGGCCCUCCAGUCCUUCCUCUCCACCCAGCAGCCAGAGCCGGAGUUCCGCGCCCGCCCGCUCUUCCUCGCCGGCGAGAGCUACUCCGGCAAGACCGUCCCCGCUGCCGGCGCGCUCAUCCUCGCCGCGAACCGGGACCUGCCGGAGGACCGGAGGAUCAACCUCCGCGGCGUGGCCGUCGGCAACGGCCUCGUGCACCCCGUCGCGCAGGUGGCCACGCACGCCGCCGCCGCCUACUCCACGGGCCUCAUCAACGCGCGGCAGCGGCGCGAGGUCGAGGCCCUGCAGGCGGACGCGGUGCGGCUCACGCGCGCGGCGCGGUGGCGGGAGGCGACGGACGCGCGGGAGCGGGUGCUCGCGGCGCUGUACAACGCCACGGGGUUCGCCUCGCUCUUCGACGUGGCGGACACGGGCACGGGCAGCGCGUUGGCGGCCGUGGCCGUCGCGGCCGCGAAGCUCUUCAACGACGCCGGGGUGAGGAAGGCGCUGGGUGCCGGAGCCGCCCAGCGGGGCGCGCCACUGUGGCAGCUGGCCAGCCCGGCGGUGGCGGACGCGCUGCACGACGACGUGAUGAAGAGCGCCAAGCCGGACGUGGAGGCGCUGCUGAGGGCGGGCGGCACGCGCGUCCUCCUCUACGAGGGCGUCCGCGACCUGGAGAUCGGGCCGGUCACCACCGAGGCGUGGCUGCCGGAGCUGGAGUGGGACGGGCUCCCGGCGUUCCAGAACGCCGCCCGCGCCGUGUGGAGGAGGAGCGACGGCAGCAGGCGAGGGGAGCUCGCCGGGUACGUGCAGAAGCAUGGCGCGCUCGUGCACGUCACCGUGUUCGGGGCGGGGCACGUGGUGCCGUUGGCGCAGCCGCAGCCCGCGCAGGAGAUGAUCGAGGACUGGGUGUUCGACAAGGGCCUCUUCGGCGGUGCCGCGGCGGUGUAAGGCCAGGCGAUGUGUACGUUGAUCUUAUAAUUUUCAGUACUUGUAACGUGGAUCUUAUAAUUUUCAGUGUGUAAUAAUAAUAACAAUUAAUAAUAAUAAUAUUGUUGUUAUUAUUAUUAUACAAAGCUCGUUGAGUAUAUUAUAAAUAAAUAAGAAAAUAAAAUAGAAUUUAUCACCGUAA